AUGCAGUCCUACCAUCAAUCCAUUGUCCAGGCACUCACCGGCAGAGUGGUCAUUGAGCACUUGGACGGCCAGAAGCUGCUGGUGCGCACUGCGGAGGUGCUGGCUCCUCGCGAGAAGCUCGAUGCCGAGGCUGAGUGGAGUCGUUUCGAUGGGAUGGACAGCAUGCCGGGCCAGGAUGCAGCGACCUUGAAGACGGGCGACAUUGAAGCCUGCAAGGAGCUGUGCCGCUGCAACGGCUGGUUCGGGUUCACCUACUGGGAAGAUCGUGCAUACUUCCGCUCCCAGGACCGGCAGAGCCUUCUGAGGAACAAGAGGCCGUCAAGUGGCUCCAUCCUUUUCAUUCGGCCAGAGGUCUCCAAUCUCCAGCACGCCAUCCUGGACGCGGGCAUGCCGGAGAUGCCGGAGAUGCCGGAGACGCCGGCGCAGCGGACUCGAGGGCAUUUGUUCGUGCUGCUGCAGAUCCAGUGGCCCGCCAUGCACUGCAAGGUGGAGCUGGAGUCGGAGGAUUUGGAGGAGUUUGAGCUCUGUGACUUGGACGUGGCGGAGAGCCAGGAGCAGCAAAAGCUUACAGGCUUCGCCAUGUCCAGCUAUGUGAACGUGGACACCGACCGCGGAGGCUCCUUAGACGCGAAAGAGAUGGACGCCAAUGAAAGUGAUGCAAGCCAUGAGGGCAAAGUCGUUGGAGUCGCAGAUGUCGCUGAAGUCGCACUAGUGUGCAUGGCUUGCCCGGACGGUCGGACGUAG